UGCAUAUUAAUAAGAUAAAGUCAAUGGACGCCCACAGGAAGCGGCAAGUUAUUUCUUUUUGGCAUCCUAAGAAUAACCUAUUGACGAUGAGGUUUGACUUGUGAAUUUCGUUUAACACCUUUGAUUGUAUUGCACACUGAACUGUGGCGUCGAAACGCUUUUGGCCUGAAUCUGGAGGAAAUGGGUUGUAUGUAUGAUACAGUCCUCAGAGUUUUUUUUUUUUUUAAUUCAGCGUCACGCUGUACUAGCUAUAAAAUGUAUCUGGUUAUUUGUCACAUCGACACCGGGAAAUCAUUACUUAGCUCAGUAUGCGGAUCCUUAUGAGAACACAAAGCUAAAGGCGUCAUCGUUACAUGUGGAAGCAAGGGGUUCUUGUUUUAGGCAGUAAAAGUAAGAAGAGGACUUGGUGGUCAGAUGCCACCAUGAGAGCUGUCAAACUGUGGCUUUUUCAACCCAGCAAAAGGCUGCUUAUUCUUCUUCUGAGCUUGGCAAUGAUUUCGCUGGGAAUUUUAAAACUGCCUCUCUUUCACACGGACCCAAAGCCUGUUGAAGUGCCAGUAGACCCCAUCUACCAAGAGCGCAUCCAUUCCUAUGUCAGAGAGAUACUGGCCAAAGAAUGCAGACCUUCUUUUGCCCGACAGAGAAUGAAAGCUGAACAUUACAGCUCCACACCGGUGGUACAGCCCUUUUUGGACAAGAACACUCAUUUGAAUGAACAAAUAUUCCAGUAUCCCCCACCGUUUGGUUUCAUGAACAUGAAGAAUAAGCUUCAAGAAAUCUUGAACCUCCUACCAGCCUCUUCUGAAUCGAGUCAUGGAGUGCAAGAUUGUCAUCGAUGUGUAGUGAUUGGAAAUGGAGGGAUACUGAAAGGAUUAGGACUUGGACCUCUUCUCAAUCAGUUCGAUAUCAUCAUCAGGCUGAACAGUGGUCCUGUCCAAGACUUCAGUGCAGAUGUUGGGAACCGCACCUCCAUCAGGAUGAGUUACCCUGAAAGCUGCCCUAAGGUUUGGGAAGAUAUGGAUCUAGAUCUCAAAUAUGUGGCUGUGAUCUAUAAAUCUGUGGACUUCCACUGGCUUCGUGCGAUGAUCACCAAGACAUCCAUUUCGCUGUGGGACUGGCUGUUUUUCUGGCAGAAUGUGCCAGUGAGUGUUCCAAUCAAGGCCUCCCAGUUCCGUCUCCUGAAUCCGGAGAUUAUUAGGGUGACAUCCUCAGAUCUACUUCACUAUCCCAAUCCUAGAGAACGGCUCUGGGGCUGGGACCAGAAUGUCCCUACUUUAGGAGUCUCUGCUCUCAAUCUGGCAACGUACUUAUGUGAUGAGGUGAGCUUAGCAGGUUUUGGCUAUAAUCUCAGCCAGAAAGUGGUUCCCCUGCAUUACUAUGACGACAAACCCAUGACAUCCAUGUUAAAGGAAACCAUGCACAAUGUACAAACCGAGACCAUUUUCCUUGAACGCCUGGUAACUUCCGGCAUUAUCACUGACCUCACAGGUGGGAUACACUGCAGCUUCUGUUCAAGCUAAAUGUCUUCUCUACCACCAAGCACCUUUGUGGGCCAAGCUAUCACUGCAAGCAUGUGUGUAAGAAUUCAUGCAAGUGGACAAAUUAACUUUUAGUAUGUGUUUUAGUAACCUUAAAGCUGUGAGACUGUUUUACCUGAAACUUUUAACUUCCAUUUUUAGUCUUUUGUUUGGCUAACCAAAGCUUGUUUAUUUUAUUAUUUUUUUUUAAUUUAUUUAUUCUGAUUACAUUUAAAAUGUGUCACUGUAAUAACUGUACUUUUCCUACAGAUGGAGCAGUUGUAAAAAAAAAAAAUACACACAAAGUCACACAACUGCCUAGUAAAUAUCUA